CCCUGACACCCCGUUCUGGGUUUGUCUUCCAGAGCUGCUCCGCGAGCUGCUGAGGCAGGAGGCCCCGCCCCGCAUCGCGGCCCUGACCGAGGAGCUGUUCCAGGUGGCGGGGGCCCUGUGCGAGGCGGACGGGAGCGCGGCGGAGGUAGAGCGCUGCUCACUGCCUCCUUCCCGCCGGAGCUUGCGGAGCUCAGCCCCGUUGGCUUGUCGCCAAAGCACUUCGGUGCUUUCGUCUGUUAACCCGGCGGCGUGAACGGCCGGAAUGAAGUAGAAAGUGUUGUGUAUAAUGAGAGAACUCGGCGUGCCGGUUCCGAGCGAAGUGCUGUGUGUAAAUGCGUGACAAGGAGCAGGAUGGGUUUGCGUGUGUCACAAUGCGGAGUAUUUCCAGUGCUGUCUAAAGAAGCACGCAGCGUAAAGCUGGUGCCUUCGGUUCUUCCUGAAUGGCUUUUAAAGAAGUGAGAGGUUGUUAAUUUGAACCCUGAUAAAAAUGCAAUAAAAUGGGCUAUAACAUUUCUUCAAGUUAAGCAAGCGCCUGCUUGUAGGCAUCAAUUCUGGAAACGGACUGAUGGAAAACCCACAGCCCUUUGGGGUGGGUGGUUAACAGAGCUUAUUGCCUUUAUGCAAGACUGCAUCAUCUUUUUAACAAGAGUUCCUAGUCAGUAGCUUUUGUUCUUUGUCUGAUAACAUCAGAAGUUUCUCCGUGUAGGUACUUAAAAUAAUUAAGCUCCCUCAUAUUGUUAACCUGUUGGAGCGUGUCCAGAGGAGGGCCACAAAAAUGAUCCCAGGGGUGGAACCACCUCCGUGUGAGGACGGGCUGAGAGCAGGGGCUGUGCAGCUGGGGAAGGGAACCCUGCGGGGAGGGGUGACAGCGACAUGUCAGAACCUACAGGGGCUGUAAGAAAGAAGGGGACAGACUCUGUAGCAGGUUCUGUUGUGACAGGAUAAGGGAAGACUGUUUCAAACUAAAAGAAGGGAAAUUUAGGUUGGCUGUAGGGAAGAUCUUUUUACAAUAGGGGCAGUGAGGCAGUGGCACAGGUUGCCCAGAGAGAUGUGGUGCCCCAUCCCUGCAGACACCCAAGGUCAGGCUGGACAGGCUCUGAGCACCUGAUGGAGCUGUGGGUGUCCCUGCUCAGUGCAGGCAGUUGGAUCUGAUGGCCUUUAAGGGUCCCUUCCAACUCAAAUGAUUCCAUGAUUCUGUGAAUACAGGCAAAGGAGUUCAAGUCUUACUACAGAUGCAUUUUCAAAUCUGACACAAUCCUCACAGCUCUUUUCCAGUCCUUUCUAAUUUUGCAACAUCUGUUUAAAAUGUACAUAAUGUAUUCUGAAAGCUGCUAGUGAAUCAGUCGUGUUUUGGAUGCGGUGAUGUGCUGUGGCACAAAUUUUGUAUGUAUGAAUGCUUGUGAGAAAACUUCAUCCCAGAUGGAUAGGGUAAAUCAGGUCAUGUUUUGCUAGGCUUGGGGAAGGACUUGACAGAAGCAUAUGUUAGGCUAUUUCAGCAAUAUGACAGAUUAAUGGGAUUUGGUUAGGCACAUAUUUGAAUGUUUCUGAAGUCCACCACUUCUCAUACAGAAUUUGCUGUUUUGUGUAACUUUAAAUUGGAGCUGAAGGCAGUGAUGGAUGACAUGGCGUAUAUGUGCUUGCUGCUAUUGAUCUUAUGAUUCAUUAGCUCUUUUUAGUUUCAGGUCGUGUCAGCCUUUGAUUUGCAGCCAUGUUCUUUCCUACUUUCGUCAUCUUAGAGACACUCUCAAAUUUUCAGAGGAUGGGAAGUAGUCUUUUAGAAGACUGGGUAUAUGUUAUGAAAUGUGCUUGUGAAAAGAGUGUGUGAUCCCUGCCAGCUGCUUACCAGUCUCUUGGAAUACCUGAUCUGUAAAAAAAGAAUAGUCCAAACUUUUAGCUGUGCUAAACACGAAAGAUGGUAACUUUUCCAGGAGUAAAUUUCAAUUUAAUCCAAACCUAGGACAAAAUUAAAUCAAAUGGAAUUCUCUUUCUCAGCUCGAAGAGGGUGCAAUAAGCCUGUGGAACUGGGCUGUAACCAAACACACGGGUUCUGUCAUCAGCGAUGAGCAAAGAGCUAAAUUGCGAUUUGUUGCUUGUAGGCUGGUGUGCCUUUGUGAAGGCAGCGAUCCUCCAGAGGGAACUAUUCGGAGGCAGAUUUUGGUAAGGCUGACAGCAGAUGUCAAUGAAAACUGGUAAAGGGUGGAUAGAUAUUGGCAAAGCUGAUCUUGCUGAUGGAUUCCUAGAGAUUGCCAUGAAUAGCAUAGAAAAACUGUAUGCGAAAUUACGGAAGGAGGGCGAUGGUGAAGCAGAUAUUCAUGUGUGCAAAGCUGAUGUGGAGAAGGACCUCUUCAAAGUGCUCUCUUAUCAGGCUGAAUCAGCAGUUGCUCAGGGGGAUUUUCAGAAAGCAACGCAAUGUGUGCAGCGCUGCAAGGACAUGUUGAUGAGGUUGCCAAGAGAGGUUUCAUUUCGUGUAGUUUACACAGUUCUAGAGCUUUCAGCUUGGCUUCUCGUGGAACCAUUCAACUUCAUGCAUUUGGAGAAUUCUGGUUGGCCUGUCCUAAACUGGCUAACAUCGCUUCGCUUUCCCGCAGAACAAUGUGAUUUGAUUUUAGUCAUGUUCAAUACUGCCCUCUCAGAUAAGGUCAGAAGCGAUCAUAGCGGAUGUAUCUUUAAAGUAAAAAGUGUUUUAAAGAACACGAGGCUGAGUGCCAUAGAUCUAGUGAUGAUUCCACGAGAACAUUACAGAAGCAGCUGCCUUUUGUUGCAGACCCGUUACCUGUCAAUCCUCUGUUACAACUUCGGGGUGGAAACCUAUGACUGUAAGAAGUAUGAACAGAGCUCCUUUUGGCUCAGCCAGAGUUAUGACAUUGGGAAGAUGGAUAUGAAAUAUUCUAUCGGGAAAGAAAUGCAGGCGAAAGUGCUGCGAUUGUUGGCUACGGCCUAUUUCGAGUGGGACUGCAAUCUGUAUCUUGACAAGGCUCUGAAGGCUAUAAACCUGGCAAACGAGGAGAACUUGCACCCAGCAGGGUUUUUUCUGAAAGUUAAAAUUCUUCUUAAGAGUGGAGCAUCAGAUGAAGACAUCAGCUCAGCUGUUGCAGAAUUCCAGCACCAUGAGAUGUCUUUAGACUUCUGUUUGAAUACUGCCAAACUGCUGCUGGAGCAUGGAAGGGAAUCAGUUGGCUUUGAUUUUCUGAAAUCUGUUGCUGAACGAUUUGAAGCUUCACCUGACUUUGGAAAAGUCACCCUGCUCUACAUCGAGUUCUUGUUGCAGAAUAAGAGGGAGCUGCUUGCUAAGCAAAAGGUUGAAGAAAUUAUUAUAGGUCACUAUACUGGGAAACAGCUGUUGCCCGAAACCUUGAACCGUCUGCACAUCAUCUUGUGGGACAGAGCUGCCAAACAUUAUGAGGCAAAAAGCUAUUCUGAAGCUCUUAACUGGUACAACUAUUCUGUCAGCUUCUAUACACCUGGGCAGAUAGAUCAGAAUCUAGCUAAGUUGCAGAGAAAUAUGGCUUCCUGCUAUCUUCAUCUGAAACAAAUUGACAAGGCUAAGGAGGCAGUUAAAGAAGCAGAAAGAUGUGAUCCAAACAGCAUCUUUACUCAAUUCAGUGUCUAUAAGAUUGCAGUGAUGGAGGAUGAUACAGAUAAAGCUGUGGAAGCAAUUAUUGAAAUGGGGAAGCUAGCAGAAAAGCCAUCUCAACAUGAAGACAAGCUGAUAGUGGAUGAAAGUAUGGGCACUAACCUCCUGAGUUUAGCUGCCCAAAUCGCUUUAGAGAAUGACCAACAAGUUGUGGCUGUCAGAGCUUUGCAGUACCUGUCCGAACACUCACAAGACUGCCGACAAGUCUUUGCAGCUUUAAAAUGUUUGGUUCGUCUUACGUUGUCAAAAGUAGAGAAAGAAGAGAAAAGAGAUAAAGACAUCAAGUCAAUGCUGACUUACUUGACCUUGGCUCACCAGAGACUUGCUGAGCCUUUCACGGAAGAGAAUUUGACAAGGGACAUAAGGACUUCAGAAGCCCACUGGUUUAGAAAAGUUGCUUGGAACUUAGCUGUACAGUUCAAGGACUGCCCUGAAAAGAUGAGGGAUUUUUUUGUACUGUCUUUCAAGUUGUCCCAGUUUUGUCCUUCUGACAAAGCUGUUCUAAUUGCUCAGAAGACAUGCUUGUUAAUGGCAGCUGCAAUUGAUCUGGAGCUGGGGAGACAAGAAGCAACACCUGGUGAGCAGGUGGAGUUUUUGAAUCAGGCUCUCCAGCAUCUCCAGGCAUGCAAAGAGAUAUGGAAAGUUCUGAAAUUAACAGGAGAUUUUGCUAAAGACCCAACAGACGCUUUAUUGCUGCUCUAUGAAUUUGAAGCAAGAUCCAAGCUUAAUGAUCCAACGCUCAAUAACUUUAUGGAGUCAGUGUGGGAGCAACCACACGUAGAGAUCAAGACACUAGAAAUCAUUGCAUCAUUAGCAAUGGAACCUCCAGCUCGGUAUCCUGUCCUGUGUAAGAAAGCUCUGAAGAGUGCACUAAACCUUUACAGAAAGCAAACUACCAUUGAUGCUGUGAAAUUCAGCAAAUGCUUACAUAGUUUGAUUAAUCUUUCUUUGCCAACCGGAGUGACAGACUUGGAUGCCUGUGUACUGCAAGAGGUGUGGGGCUACUUCGAAGAUGCUCUGAGUGUAGUCAGCAGCACAGGUAGUUACCCAGAGAUGGAGAUCCUUUGGUUGAUGACAAGAGCCUGGAACACGGGAAUAUUUCAGUACACUGUUGGUAAAUAUCAGGAAGCAGAGCAGUGGUGCGGAUUAGGAAUGCGUUUCCUCAAUCAUCUAGGAUCCCUGAAGAAAAGCUAUGAGGGCCACGUAAGUAUGAUUGGUCUUUAUAGCGAGGUUCUGGACAAACUGGACAGAGUAAAAGAGUUUCUUCCAAAUGAAGAAUAAUGAUAGCCAGAACUGCAGAAAAGGAGGACAGCGGUCUCUCUUGGAAACAUCCUGCUGAAUGAAAGAGGCUGUUAGCUCUGCAAGGGCAUGGGGUCACAGGAGCAGUGGAAAGGAAACCAGGAUCUCUCUCUUGUUGGCAAUUAAGUUAUGUGCUUUUCAGGAAGUGUUUAUUGAAUAAAUGUUAUUGUUUCUCUCUAGGAGAAUUUCAUUCUGUGGAGCUGUAGUAGAAAUAAAUACAUAAGUUUCUCGUGA